CAUUCAUCUACAUGUUCUGCCUCCAUACACCAAAUGAUGUGCUGCAAAUGAGCGAGCAUUAUCACUCGUGGCGACAAAUGCUACUGUGGUAAAAGUCUGGUUUCCUGUAUUCAAAAUGCAUUCAAACACUCUAACGGACAGAAUGGGACGUUUCAUGCACAAUUUCCUGUGUGUGAUAGCACAGACGACAGUAAAAAAGGUAUAAAAUAUUGUCUUGCACCCAGUGCGUUUGCACCCCAGAACAGGGAACAGAUCUUCCACUUCAGCUCCGAGUGAGCAUCGGCAAGAGAAACUGCAACAAUGAGUUAUGGAGACAUCACUAGAGUUUCUGCCUCAGGUGCUUCUGAGAAGACUUCUCAGCAGGAUAGACUGGGUUACUCUGGUGUGGAGGCAUCAGAAAAAAUGGCCCAAAUGGAUUCUGGAAGAAUGAAUAAGUACAAAUCAAAAAUCAACAGUGUGGGAAGUCAGUGCGGUAUUGAUCCGGCCCUUAUUGCUGCCAUCAUCUCCAGAGAGUCCAGAGCUGGAAAUGCCCUAGAUGACGGAUGGGGGGAUCACGGUAACGCCUGGGGACUCAUGCAGGUGGAUAUUAGAUAUCACCAAAAGGAAGGAGACUGGGACAGUGAGGAGCAUCUCCGCCAAGCUACAGGGAUCCUUGUUCAUUUCAUUAAAAGGAUUCAGAACAAGUUCCCAAACUGGAGCAGAGAGCAGCAGCUGAAAGGAGGGAUAGCGGCCUACAACAUGGGGGACGGAAAUGUCCAUUCAUAUGAAAAUUUGGAUGCCAUCACAACUGGCAAAGAUUACUCCAAUGAUGUUGUUGCCAGAGCCAAAUGGUACAAAAGAUAUGGUUAUUAAAUUCAGCACCUGAUAAAUCAGUGUUUGUCCUGCUAUAAAGAAAAGAUACUUCCAUGCAAACUCAAAAUUUUAACAUGUUUAUUCAUGCAACAGUUUUUGAUUAUUAUAAUACAGAAGCAUAUUGCUGUCACAGAGGAACAUAGGUUUUUGAGCACUGUCACUUAAUAACAUGGUAACUAUAUAAUACAAAUGUUUUAUUGUAAAAUGUGAUAAUUUCAUGUGAUAGUGGUGGUAAUAUGCCUUCAGGUUGCAUUUACAACAAAGCUGCUUAAUGACGACCGAAACCAAAUCUAGAAGUUUGAAAUGGACUUUUUCUGCCUUAUUUUGUUUAAAAUCCUCCUCAGUGAGAAUCUGAUACAUUUUCAUCCACAGUGCGCAGCAGCAUCAGCAUCUCUCCAUGUCUUAGACCAAACAGGAAGAGAAACUUAACCAUUCUCUACUAGCCUUCAUUAUGUAUGGACUAAAGCACACGUGUCCAACUCAAGGCCCGGGGGCUAAAUCUGGCUCACCAGGAAGCUUGUUGUGGCCCAGAGGGAUGUGUAAAUAGAUCCUUGAAAAUAAUCAUUGUAUGCCUAAAUAAUAUUUUAUAAAUUAAAUGAAAGCAGUUUUUCAACGGAAGAGUAUUAGGGCCACGGGA